AUGGCGUUAGCCGGAGAUGAGCUCGGAAAUACUCUUCUUCCGGGAAAGCCAGCCGUGAGAUGCUCCCCUGGAGGAUGGAAGUCGGCGAGGCUCAUCAUCUUUGUAGAAAUGGCGGAGCAGUUCGCCUUUUACGGGAUAUCUUCGAACCUCAUAACGUACCUGACAGGACCAUUGGGAGAGUCAACGGCUGCAGCUGCGGUAAAUAUCAACGCCUGGAGUGGAACGGUGUCGUUUCUGCCACUUCUCUGGGGCUUCGUGGCUGACUCGUUUCUCGGACGUUUCCGUACCAUCAUCAUUGCAUCUUUACUAUAUAUCUUGGGACUUGGGUUGCUGUCUUUUUCAGCCAUGGUUCCUUCUCCGUCACAAGAUUCGAAUCAACUCCAAGUGACUCUCUUCUUCGUCUCUCUGUAUCUAAUAGCCUUAGGUGAAGGAGGUUACACCCCUUGUCUUAAGGUAUUUGGAGCUGAUCAGUUCGUUGGAAAUGACCUAGAAAAGUCGAAAGCCAAGAGUUCUUUCUUUAACUGGUUGGUGUUUGGAAGCUGUGUUAGCAUAUUGUUGACUCGUUUGGUCUCUAACUACAUCCAAGAGAAUUUAAGUUGGUCCUUAGGGUUUGGUAUUCCAGGUGCUUCCAUGCUACUUGCUCUGGUUCUUUUCCUCCUUGGGACAAAGACUUACCGCUUUACUACUGAAAGAGGAGGAAAUAAAAACCCUUUUGCUAGAAUCAUUCACGUUUACAUGGAAGCCAUAAAGAACAGAAGACAACCAGAUUUAGAUUUAGCUAACCCGAACGAAACCCUUCUUCUCCUAGCUCACCAAGGUUCCAAGCAAUUCAGAUUCCUUGACAGAGCAGCGAUUUCAUGUGAUUUGGCAGAAAUUGAAAAAGCAAAAGCAGUGCUUAAGCUUGUUCCCAUCUGGAUGAGUUGCUUGGUUUAUGCUGUUGUAUGUUCACAACCCUAUACUUUCUUCACAAAGCAGGGAUCCAUAAUGAACAGGUCAGUCUCACCAGGAUUCUUAGUGCCUGCUGCUACGCUCCAAUGCGUCACAAGCAUAAUAAUGCUUGCUUUCAUCCCAAUCUACGACCGUCUACUCGUCCCAAUCGCAAGAUCUCUUACUCAAAACCAUUUAGGAAUCACAAUGCUUCAGAGGAUUGGCACAGGCAUCUUUCUCUCCAUUCUUGCUAUGGUGGUUGCCGCUUUGGUCGAGACCAAAAGGCUCCAAACCGCUCAAGAUGAUGUCCAGAUGAGUGUGUGGUGGUUGGCUCCACAGUAUGCUAUAUACGGUAUAUCGUACGUGUUCACAUUGAUCGGUUUGCAUGAGUUCUUCUACGACCAAGUCCCUAGUGAGCUUAGGAGCAUUGGUAUGGCUCUGAAUGCAAGCAUAUACGGGGUCGGCCAUUUCCUAAGCAGCUUCAUGAUAUCAGUCAUCGACAAAGUUACAAGGCAAUCUUGUCAAACGAGCUGGUUCGACAACGACCUGAACAAGGCUCAUUUAGAUUACUUCUACUGGCUACUCGCUUUUGUCAGCUCUAUUUGUUUUGCCUCAUACUUGUGGUUCGCCAAGUCCUAUGUCUACAAUAGGCCAACCACAUUCUAA